GCCAUUUGGCUAGCCGCUUCACGUGUACUACAACUAUAUAGGCACUGGGCUUAGUGUUUCCCUUAUUUUGGUGCAGGUUUUCCGUACAGAGAAUCUCCAGAAACACAGAAAAAAAUGAAGUUUUUACUUCUCCUUGUCGCGCUUCUGGUGUGCACAUUCACAAAAGCUGAAAUUUACUUCCAGGAACAGUUCGGCGAAGGGUACGAAGGUCGCUGGGUAGAAUCAACAGCCAAAGGCGGUGAGCAAGGCAAAUGGGCAUGGAGUGCAGGAAAAUUUUUCAAUGAUGAAGACAAAGAUAAAGGUAUCCAGACAUCAGAAAAUGCCAGGUUUUAUGGAAUAUCCAGUAAAUUCGACAAAUUCAGCAAUGAAGGAAAAGAUUUAGUCAUUCAAUUUACAGUUAAACAUGAACAAAAAAUAGACUGUGGGGGUGGUUACGUGAAAGUAUUCUCAAGUGAUCUUGACCAAGAAAAACUUCAUGGAGAAUCUCCUUAUCUUAUCAUGUUUGGACCUGAUAUUUGUGGCCCAGGAACCAAAAAGGUUCAUGUUAUUUUCAAUUAUGCACCAAAGAAGGAAAAUCUUUUAAUCAAAAAGGAUAUUAGGUGUAAGGAUGAUGAGCUUACCCAUCUGUACACACUGAUUGUCCGCUCUGAUAACACCUAUGAGGUUCGCAUUGAUAACAAAAAAGUAGAAUCUGGAAACUUGGAGGAUGAUUGGAAUUUCCUGGCACCAAAGAAGAUCAGAGACCCAGAAGCCAAAAAACCAGAAGAUUGGGACGAUAGGGAAAAAAUUGAUGACCCAGAAGCCACAAAACCAGAAGAUUGGGAUCAACCAGAACACAUUGCAGACCCAGAUGCUGAGAAGCCAGAAGACUGGGAUGAUGAAAUGGAUGGAGAAUGGGAACCACCAAUGAUUGACAAUCCAGAAUACAAGGGUGAAUGGAAACCAAAACAAAUUGAAAACCCAGAGUACAAAGGCAAAUGGAUCCAUCCAGAAAUUGACAAUCCAGAUUAUAAAGCAGAUGAUAAACUUUAUCUUUAUACAGAUAUUGGUGCUAUAGGCUUUGAUCUUUGGCAGGUAAAAUCAGGCACAAUUUUUGACAAUGUUCUAGUAUCAGACAGUGUAGAAGAAGCAGAAAAACAAGCCACAGAUCUCUGGGAAGUAACAAAAGUAAAAUGGAGAAAAAGAGAUGAAAGAUAAACAAGAUGCUGAGGAGCGUGCACAGAGAGAGGAAGAAGAAAAGAAACUCAAAGAGGAGGGAGGUGACGAAGAAGAGUUCGAUGAAGAAGAGGAGGACUUUGAUGAGGAUUUUGAUGAAGACAUGGAUGAAGAAUUCCAUGAUGAACUUUAGAAAGUUUUAAAAAUGCAUUUUAUUUAAUUUUAGUUUUGAAAUUCUAUAUUUAAUGAAAAAGGAAAAAAAAAAAAAUAUUUCUUGCACCUUCUCCGUCAGGUACACAAGAGUUUCAAAAUCUUAGGUGGCUUUCUCUGGACUGCUUCUUAUCAUCUUUAUAGAAUUGUGGUUUAGAAUUUUUAUUUUUGUUAAAGGUGUGAUGUGCCUGUGCAUCUUAAACAUAAUUUUAGUAAAAAAAAUAAAAUAAAAAAAGCCCUAAUUAAAGUCUUGCUUCCAUAUUUGCUUAAAUUAUGUUCAUGUGUAAUAUUUGAAAGGAAUAUUUUAGUUUGUCUUUCUUUUUUUAAACCUCUCCCUGUAAACCUCGGAAUGCGUCUUUCCUGGUAUUGAUUGUACCACAUUGUUGUUGCCAUAACAACAUAUUAUCAUGUCAAAAUUGUUUCAAAUUAUCCAGAUUUUGGGAAUAAAAUUAUUUACAAGUUUUAUUUGGA